UACUUUUACUGCUUUUAGUUUCGAAAGUAGGCUACCAGAGAACGGAGACUAACGUAAUUUUUCUUCCUUUAAUUCUGAGCUGCUUUUCCCUCCCGUUUAUUCCACCAAUUUCUAAAAUGAAGCAGCAGGUCUGGAUAAUUUUCUUUCUAGCAGUUCCACUCUGUUCAUCUGUCCAAGUCCAUAAUGCGACAGUCAAUGGAGACGUUACCCUUUCCCCUGUUGGAAUCAGUACUGUCAGAAGCGUGGUGUGGAAAUUUGGGAUUGAUAAGGUUGCUGAAUUUGAUCCAAGCUUCAGCGAAGAUGUAAAGAUAUUUGGUAAUUACCGGGGACGAACAACCUUGGAUAAGGAAACUGGCAGCAUUACAAUAUCAAAGUUGACUCUCGAGGAUAGUGGGACGUUCUCAGUUGAAGUCGACAGUGUGUUGAUGCCGGAUUUGUACCGUCUCGAAGUUCACGAGGCAGUGUACAAUGUAACUAUAAUAAAGGCUGACAGUAGUAACAGUUCGUGUGAACUGCUCUGCACAGCCAAGCCAUUUUCAGGUGAAGCUUCCUUCAAUUACGUAUGGAUAAAAAAUGGACAGUUUCUCACGAAUGGACCCCACCUGACUGUCAAUAAGAGUCACCUGUCCUACUCUUACACUUGUAAUGCAAGUAACCCAGUGAGUUGGAAGAAUACUACAGUAAAAGACAUUUGUAAAAAGGCAGUUAACAAUGUAGAUAUAAGAAAGGCUGACAGUAGUAACAGUUUGUGUGAACUGCUCUGCGAAGCCAAGACAUCUUCAGGUGAAGCUUCCUUGAAUUACGUAUGGAUCAAAAAUGGACAGUUCCUCUCGCAUGAAUCCCACCUGACUGUCAGUAAGAGUGACCUGUCCCACUCUUACACUUGUAAUGCAAGUAACCCAGUGAGUUGGAAGAUUACUACAGUGAAGGCAAAAGAGAUUUGUAAAGCUCCAAAUCGUUGGCUCAUACCUGUUGUGGUGGUACUUGCAAGUAUUGGUGUAAUCGGAAUUGGAGCUGUAGGAUGGCGCCUAUAUCAAAACAGGGAUAGCAAGCCUGAUGAUGACCCAGCAGUAAAUGGUACUGGAGCAGGCAGCAACAGAGACACGGGCGCUCCAAAUGGUGAAUCGGGAGGAUUGGUGGACAAAUCAACAGUUUGAGUUGUGAAAGCCAUCCACUGAACCGAUUUGAGUUUUUAAUGAGUUUGGAUUUUUCAUCUUCUCUCACUGGAUUCCUUCAAAACUACGAAGAGAUCCUUCUCAUGCAGAUAGUUAAUUUACUGAACGACCACUGGAAAACGGCAGAGUGCCGUGGCUCUCGACAGCUUUUAGUAUUGUAAAGCUUGGGAAGCUUUUAGCUUGUCCAUUCUAUCGGAUUUUUGUUUGUUUUUGUUUAGUUUUUUGUUGUUGUGGGGAGAUUUCUCAGAAUGUGUGUGAAGAAGGCCCCCCCCCACACACACACACACACACUAUUACCAUGUGUUGUCUCUAUAGUAUCCAAAUAGAUUUUCUCUGCAUUGCACUUACAGUAAAUGAGACUAGAGUGGCCUUAUAGAGAUCUGAACAGGGCCAAUUCACCAGACCCUUCAUCAGAGAAGGGAAGGAGUCCGUUGACAGUUUGAGUGAUGGGUGGGGUAAAUCAGUUUUAGUACUUCUUAUCUCUACACGAGAAUGAUUCAGGCCUGGAAUUAGAGAAAUGUGUCUAAAUGAAUGUUGAAUAGUUUUCUGUUCUCGUGUACAAGACCAAGUGUUACAUUUGAAACAUCCUGUAAAUGAGAGAUAUAUACAUAUAUGCACUUUUGAUGAAAAUGGGUAACAUUUGUUCCUGACUACCACCAAAUGUGGUUUGAGUGAUCCAUGCACUCUGUCUGAAUUCACCACGUUGAAUAGCAUCAUUGUUCUUGAGUAAAGUAAAAAAAAAAAAGGCUUCAUACUGGCAAUGUUGAAAUUCAGUGUUUUAGGAUUUAGCAGGUGUGUUCCAUAGCAUAACAUAUGUAAUGCCACUAUGUACUAAAAUGCUUAAACAGUACAGUUUUACUAACAUGUAGGCCGUAGGUUCUUUGUCAUAUAGGAUUUAGUCAGACGUAGACUUUUCAUGUUGUCAAGUGGAAUCCCAUUGUGACCCAGCACCAAAAAUGCAUAUGAGUGGCAUGCAUGAGACUAUACCAAAGAGUUUAGUUAUUGCAUCUACUUGCUUUCUCUACUGCAACUCUACUAUACUAGUAUGGCUUACAUCCUACCCUAUGUACUUUUUAUCUGGGGGACAGCUUAAUCUUUGUCCAAAAGAGCCCUGUCAAAACUGUCAGCCAUAUCGUAGUUCCUAUGCUUGCUGUCACUCUGUUGCUGAUUUCACCUGAUAGUUACACUGAGGUGCACUGCAGGUGUGUAAGAGCGAGUAAUGGGAGAAGGCUAUUGAGCACGCACACACACACACAGAGUGGACUGAACGAACAUCAUGGUGGUGUGUGGCUUGAGUAGAGUAUGUGUAAAGGGGUCCUGUGUGUUUGUGCAUGUGAAAGAAAAGCGCUCUUUCAAACAUUAGUGGGGUGUAACAGUACAACUGCCUUUUAUUCUUACAUAUAUUCAUCGCCUUUGUGCCUUUUGCCUUUUAUACUGAUUUGAUCCUUUGUUGUUUUUUUUAAAUAAAAUGUAAGUUCUAAUACAAGGGAUCCUUUGUAAUAUGGCAAACAAAACAAGCCACUUUUUAUUGUUUGUGUGUAAUUGACUAAGAUGAAGGGUGAAGGUUUUAAUUGAUUGUAUUUAUUUUUUUAAAGUUUGAGUUUUAUGGCAAAAGCGGUUAAUCUAUGUUUAAUAUGUGUGCAAUUUGUUGUAAAUAAAUUAUGAUUAUGCACCAACAGAA